AUGGACCAUCCGCACAACCGCACGCAGAAUGCGGCUUCGUCAGGAACUUCGAUAUCGCAAGCUACGUAUUCCAACGCCUACUGGGCUACCGAACAAUUUGACGACGACGACGACUUGAUUUACAGCCAGGAAUUCAUUUCCUGGAUCAAGCAAUCAGGACUUCACGUUGGGCAACAGGAGCUUGCGGGACCACAUUCACCCCGUUUGGUGUCGGAAGAUCAAGCAUCCAUUCCGUCUGGGGUGAAUUAUAACACCCAGACCUCCAUAUGUGGUGUACUUGAAAGCUGUCGCGCUACAGAUGAUCACCUACCAUCAAUGACAAACGUAGUCGAACAGCUCCUGGAAAAUGGUGCAACUCCAAACCAAACAAACGCCAGGGGCGAGAGUCUACUGCAUCUUGCCGUCGCUCUUGGUCAUAUUCCAAUCGUCACUCUGCUACUUGAAUACAGCGCAGAUCAUCAUCUCAAGACUGGCGCGGGAGAAAGUGUCUGGCAGUUCGGUGCCAAAGCAUCCCAGAAGCUCAUGCCGAUUGACCUUGUUGAAGGCGAAGCGCCAGAUCUACUGGCGCGGACUAUGGCUUGUGCCCGUAUCGAGUUUGCCAGGAACACAGUACGGUUCAAUCCGAACCUCAUCGUCAAUCGCAUUAGCAGACGGAAAGAUCGACGUGGCCACCGUCAAGUCAAUUCCCACAACUCGAGCCUGGAGCGGCUAGAGUGGAUGGACCAGCAUACAACACGCCAAGAGGUGAUAGUCAACCCGAUCGUCGAGCAAGGCCAAUAUUGGGACGUGCCAAACCAUUUCGACGACCUCUACUUCUUUUCAUGGUCUGGCCAAUUCGAUGACCCCGUGCUUGACGAAGAACCGGACCUGGCAUGGCAGUGA